AUGACAGACUCCAACAAGAUGAUCAUCAACUUGGCCCUCUUUGGCAUGACUCAGAGUGGAAAAAGUUCUGCUGGCAACAUCCUUCUAGGAAGCACGGACUUCCACAGCAGCUUUGCUCCAUGUUCUGUGACCAAAGAGUGCAGUCUGGGCCGCAGCUGUCACCUCCAUGGCUUCAUGCGUCGAGGGGGGCAAGAGAUAACCCUGCAGGUCCGGGUGCUGGACACUCCAGGUUAUCCGCACAGCAAGCUGAGCAAGAAGCAUGUGAAACAGGAGAUCAAAGAGGCCCUGGAACAUCACUUUGGGCAAGAGGGUCUUCAUCUUGCACUGCUGGUCCAGAGAGCAGACGUGCCUCUCUGCGGACAGGAGGCAUCUCCCUCAGUCCAGAUGAUCCAGGAACUUCUGGGACAUGCCUGGAAGGAUUAUACGGCCAUUCUUUUCACCCAUGCAGAAAAAAUAGAAGAGGCUGGGUUCAAUGAAGCUGAAUACUUACAUGAGGCCUCCGAUACACUGCUGAGCCUUCUAAACUCUAUUCAGCACAGAUAUAUUUUCCAGCAUAAAAAAGGAGACGCACUUAAUGCACAAAGAAUAAAAGUCUUAGAAAAAAUAAUGGAAUUUAUAAGAGAAAAUAGUUACCAAGUUCUUACCUUUAAAUAA